AUGAUAAUGAAGAACAUGACAGAAGUAACACAGUUUCUCCUCACAGGACUCACCGAUGCCCAAGGCCUUCAGCUUCCCCUCUUUAUCACCUUCCUCAUCAUCUACACCUUCACCUUGGUGGGAAACUUGGGAAUGUUCCUGUUGAUUCUCUUGGACUCUCGGCUUCACACUCCCAUGUAUUUUUUCCUGGGUAAUCUUUCUCUUGUUGAUCUUGGUUACUCUUCAGCUAUCACUCCCAAAGUCAUGGCUGGGCUCCUAGUAGGAGACAAGAUCAUGUCUUACAAUGACUGUGCUGCUCAGAUGUUUUCUUUUGCAGCUUUUGCUACUGUGGAAAAUUAUCUGUUGGCCUCAAUGGCCUAUGAUCGCUAUGCAGCAGUGUGCAAGCCCCUACACUAUGCCAGUAACAUGACUACAGGUUUUUGUAUAAGGCUGAUUGCAGGGUGCUAUGCCUGUGGCUUUUUGAGUGCCUGUAUCUAUACUGGAAACACACUCAGUCUCUCCUUUUGUAGUUCCCGUGUGAUUCAUCAUUUUUUCUGUGAUAUGCCUGCAGUCAUGGCUCUCUCUUGCUCUGAUAGACAUAUUAAUGAGUUGGUUCUUAUUUGUCUAGCCAGCUUCACUAUCUUUUUUGCUCUCACAAUAAUAUUAGUAUCCUACACUAUAAUUAUUAUAACGAUAUUAAAGAUGCAUUCAGGAGCAGGGUAUCGGAAGGCUCUUUCCACCUGUGCCUCCCACUUCACUGCAGUUUUUAUUUUCUAUGGAACUAUCAUCUUCAUGUAUUUGCAGCCCAGCUCUAAGCAUGCAAUGGACACUGACAAAAUUGUAUCUGUGUUCUACACCAUGAUCAUCCCUAUGCUGAAUCCUCUAGUUUACAGCUUGAGAAACAAAGAGGUCAAGAGUGCAUUCAUAAAAAUGUUUCUAAAGGAAAAAUAA